AUGAGCCAGAACCGGCCAUCGGCCUUUUCCUCGCUAAGAAUGGGUGAAGUUAUCCGCGAAAAGGUCCAAGACGGCUUGACCGGCGACUACAAGGACCUCGCCUACACGCAAUGCAAGAUCGUUGGCAACGGCUCCUUUGGUGUCGUCUUCCAGACCAAGCUGUCGCCUAGUGGUGAGGAUGCCGCCAUCAAACGAGUUCUCCAGGACAAGCGCUUCAAGAACCGUGAACUCCAGAUUAUGCGCAUUGUCCGACAUCCCAACAUUGUCGAACUCAAGGCCUUCUUCUACAACAAUGGCGAGCGGCCACAGAAGGACGAGGUGUACCUGAACCUUGUGCUCGAGUUCGUUCCAGAGACCGUCUAUCGCGCCUCUCGCUACUUCAACAAGAUGAAGUCGGUCAUGCCUAUUCUCGAAGUCAAGCUCUACAUUUACCAGCUUUUCCGCUCGCUUGCCUACAUCCACUCGCAGGGUAUUUGCCAUCGGGACAUCAAGCCUCAGAACCUGCUGCUAGACCCCUCGACUGGCGUGCUAAAGCUGUGCGAUUUUGGAAGUGCAAAGAUCCUGGUCGAAAACGAGCCCAACGUGUCGUACAUUUGUUCCAGGUACUACCGUGCCCCUGAGUUGAUUUUCGGAGCCACAAACUACACGACCAAGAUUGAUGUCUGGUCUACAGGUUGCGUCAUGGCAGAGCUGAUGCUCGGACAGCCGCUUUUCCCAGGCGAGUCGGGCAUUGACCAGCUGGUAGAGAUCAUCAAGGUGCUGGGAACACCCACCCGCGAUCAGAUCCGCACCAUGAACCCCAACUACAUGGAGCACAAGUUCCCACAAAUCAAGCCUCACCCUUUCAGCAAGGUUUUCCGCAAGGCGGACCCUAGCGCCAUCGAUUUGAUCUCCAAGUUGCUCGAGUACACUCCUACACAACGUCUCUCGGCCAUCGAUGCCAUGGUCCACCCAUUCUUUGACGAGCUGAGGGAUCCCAACACACGCCUGCCAGACUCGCGUCACCCCAACGGGGCCACCCGCGAUCUGCCAGAGUUGUACAAUUUCACCCAUCAUGAACUCUCCAUUGCCCCUCACCUCAACAGCCAGCUCAUACCGCCGCACCACCGCGCGACACUGGCUGCCCGUGGCCUUGACUUCGAAUCGCCCAGCUUCAAGCCAUUAACCAAGGAUCAGAUGAUGGCCAGGUUGGAUUAA